AUGUUUUAUUUUAUAUUAUUAUUAUAUACAAGUUCGAGCGAACAAAUUGAUGAUAUUAUAAAAAUUGAAGAUAAUAAUAAUUCAAUGAUAAAAUCAUCAUCUAUUAGAAUGAAUAUAACAAAUGUACAACGAUUAGCAAAAAUUGAAUCAACAUUUGAAAGUAUUUUACAAAUGAUUGAAGGUCUUAGACGACGUAUUGAACAACUUGAAUUUAACAAACAAACGAUUAUUGGGAUCAGUUAA